CUGGCAAUAUCUGGCGUUCAUUAAAAAAGGAUCUACUUCGUCCAUCGUUGAAAGUGGAUUGAGGAAAGUAAAACUCCUAUCUCACGUCUCGGUCUCCGCAGUGCAUCUCAAGCUUGGAAAGAUGAAAGUGUUUUCUUAUGCGUCAGCAUUUGGCGCAGUUUAUUUGAUGACAGUCAUUCUAGCUAUUCAGAGUGGACAACCAGAAGAUGAGUUUGUUUCUAUCUGAUUAAAAGCAGUAGAAAAAAUUCUGUGGUGUUUAUAUUUUGGUUGUCCUAAAAGAGCUCUGCUUUUCUCUUUGCUCUGAGACAUACUUCUUUAAUAUACUUAUUUUGCAGACGUCGAUUGCAAAGAUACCAAACCGAAAGUGUUCCAGGCAUGGAGAAAGAGAACGUGCAAGAAACUUAAAAUGAAUUGCCUGCUUAGUCGGUCCACCAUGAUAUCUUGUAGCCCCUUUAAUGGUGGUACUAAUUGCUCUUACUGGUGUGAUAGAUUUAAUAGCUGUUUUAAACGAAAUAAUUUCAACGGAACAGAGAGUUCUGAACAUUUACGAACUCGUCAAAAUUUUACCACAUCUGGGGCUUGGAGCAUUCAUAUUAGACCCCUCUUGUGUAACCAAAAUGUGACUUAUUGGUUUAAAGUCCAGACAUCUAGAAAUCAAGGAGAGACAAACGGCAUAGAAGGGAGAAAGGAAAAGAGAUGUCGUAUUCUGAAUUUUUACAGAAAACUUAUCCUUACAAAGUGUAACGCCGAGAAGGACGCAGUAUCCGCGCUUGAGAGUGAAAUUAUCUUUCGCGCUGGGGGAAAUAACCCAAUUAAGGAGGAUGUAAUGUUCACCACACUGGUAUUUGAGGACUUUCUAUAUAGACUGGCUCUAUCACAUUUCAACGCUACAACUACCAAUUUCUCCUUCUUCAGAAAUAAUUCAGCCGUAGAUUAUCUUGCCAGUCGCACAUUCAAGCACAGUGGCAAUCAGUUCCGUUGUGCUGAUCUUGGAAAUGAAAACUUCAUGGAAAUUCCAUCAGAAAAUGUCCACGAGAACGGGUCAGUGGUUGUAGCAGUUAUGUAUAAAAAUCUCUCCGAGAUCUUCAUAUCGGACAACAACGUCAAUGGAGCCAAGAAAACCAGGAAGUUGAACACCAUAAUCAUGUCCGUCGAAAUAUACCCUGAGCCUGAUGAAUUGGAGGAAAACAUUACCUUGGUUUUUAAAAACAUAAAAAAGAUGUUUCACCAGAAUCUUGAGCGAAUCCCAAACGGAAUGCAAGUGUAAUCACUUAACACACUUUGCUGUUCUGAUGGAUUUUACCAACGAUGAAGAG